UCCGAGUCUGCUUUGCAAGGACACAAAAAGACAUGAUUAUGCUCAGAGUACAGAUUUACUCGUCAUUUGAUAUCGUUUGGCCCCACAGCCAUGCUAACACUCUAAAUUAUCAACAACCAGCAAAUCUCGUGGACGGUUUUUUAUCAACUCAAUACACCCAUUUCAUAAAUUCCAAAUGUUUUUUUUUUCAUUAAAAUAUCCAUUUAUGACCCAUUUCAUUUCGGCUUAAAUCUUGCCCUAUUGAUUGUAGUCACGCUGUACAUCAAUUCAUUUGAGAAAACAAGAGUGGAACACCCUAAAAAUGGAUUGUUGGUCCCCCACCAUCGAUUUGCUCCCUCCAUCGAUCCGUAUUGACGUUUUGCUUCUGACGUCCGUGAGGAAUGCGGCUCAACUUCGGAAAGCCCUCAUGGAAAGCGAUCCACGCUUGGAGAACAUAGCCCUCAUCAAGGCGCAUCUUAUUAUCGAUCCUCUGCAGGUACAUGUAGCGGCUAAUAAGUCAAUAAUGGCGGAUUCUCGUGACAAGAAGAACACCCGUUCUCUGAGCACGGAGGUUAUCUUCAACCUCUCGUCUACCAAAAACAUCACGGCGUCCCUCCAAACAUUCGGCAUUGGCGAUGAUGACCAAAACUUGAUCGCCGUCAUAUUUGACGACAUCGCCUCCAUUUCUUCAGAAUCCGAUCGGAAUGAGAGAAAGAAUAAGUUCCUAGAUCUAGUCGAUGGCUCAGUAUCAACCAAUAUGGAAGACUUGAGCGAAAUCACCGACUUGGAUGCCAUCACCAAAGCGCACAAAUUGAAGCAUUUAGCCGGAGAUCGCGACAAGCUGACACGACUCCUGAUUAGCCGCAGUGCAGCCAAAGAUCUCAUUUUUUAAUUGACCUCUAAUAAAUCGGCAAUUUCAUUGA